UUGACGAAGAGAGCAUAGGUCCAUGACAAUGAUUUUUUUUUGUAAGAUGUGUUUGACAUCCUAACUUGCCGUGCCGCCUCAGUUCCUCGCUCCUGCCAGGCACCGGGCCGCCUCCAACCUCCCACUGAGCUUUUUCCUCUUCAUUCUCUCCUCAAGUUUUCCCUAAUUCUCUAAUCCUAAUUUUUCUUUACUACAACCUAAUUUGUUAGCUAGUUUUGUUGUUAGAUUUUAGCAUGAUUUAGUACAAUUAAUGUAGGUCUUAGAAGAAUACCGAAUAAAUUAGGGUUGUAGUGCAUUGGUUGAUUACUCACCAACGUAUUAUGUAGACUUAUUAUGCCAUUUAGUAGUUGCGUACCAAAUUAUUAAAUUAUUUUUAUUUUAUUGUACUGAAUUAUUAAAAGCAUUUUACCGGUUUGCAUAAAAAAAUUUGAUUUGUCAUACCCAUAUACAAAUUGUAGCUACGCUAGAGCGUGGUGGUACACAUACUUGCAUUGUGCAGAGCCUGGGGACUGGGGUCAUCCUGGACGCGCGAGUUCACAUGGGAAAGGAGGCGGUGUGUGCACACACCACACAGCACAGCGUUACUGCUGGUGGGAGGCGGGACCAGUUGUCCCCGGCGGCGCGUCAAAUCUCGCGGCGGCCGCGCAGUGCUCCCUCUUGCCACACACAGCGCCCCAGACCCCAACCCGAUAAACCCUGCUGCCACGGUUGCGCUUACGCCCCGCGCCCCAUUUCACGAGGCCGGAUCACGAGUAACCAUCGCCCACAAAAGGCACCACCGCACCAGCCUACCUCUGCUCUCCGCCUCUACCUUUCGGCCUUGGCGUUGUCGCAACGACACCCCAAGCAGACUGCGCACCAAACACCCGCGCACGCUCGCACGCUGCCGCACCCAACAAAAAGCUACGGCCUCUCUGGUCUCGAGAGCACGGAUGGAUCCCACGUUAAUGGCAGUGCUGAGCCAUGGGGGAGCAGGCGGCGGCUGCGGCGGUGGCGGGGCGAGGGGAGGAGGAGGAGGCGACGCGCACGGGGCGUGAGGAAGCGGCCGUGGGGCAGGUACGCGGCCGAGAUCCGCGACCCGUGGAAAAAGACACGGGUGUGGCUGGGCACGUUCGACACCCCUGUGGAGGCCGCCCUCGCGUACGACCGCGCCGCGCGCACCCUCCGCGGCGCCAAGGCCAAGACCAACUUCCCCGACAGCGCCGGCGCCCACAGCCACCGCGGCCAGCACCUCCGCACGGCGCCGCUCCCGCGCCGGCCCCCGCCGCAGGCCGUAACGUUCGGCGGCGUCGGCAUCGGCUGCCCUUCCCCGUGGCAUUUCGUCUACUUGCUGCCCCCAGCAGCCGUGGCUGCGACGCCGCCGCCGCCGACCGCGCUGGAGCUCCGCACGGGCCAAAGCCGGGGCGGCCUGCCGUUCGACCUCAACGAGGCGCCGUCGUGCUGAUGCGCGGAUCGUGAUGCGGCAGCUGCAGAGGUGGUGAGCAGGUGAGGCGAGGGCCGGGCGGGGAGCACUGCUCCGGCUAGCUGUACAUAGCUAUUUAAGGAAAGUUGUGCCCUGUCUUUGUCGGGCUCGCACCUCUGAUUUCGUUUAAGCGUUGCCGUUCUGUGUCGGCAACAAUGGUGGGUGGUGCCACAUGCUUGUUUCGCCGCAGGAGGAUGGUGGUGCUUAGCGGGGUGAAAGCGGCAGUGGGCUCGGUGGGUUGCCUGGACUGGAUGCUCGAGCUCGAUUCGCAGGCACUGACGGCGCGCCGCGAGGAGGGCUCUCUCGUGCGGUUGUCGUGCGCGCCAACUGCGCAGGCCGCCGCUGCUGUAGUUUUUUUCGGGUAUUACCACUUGCAUAUGCGCUCUUUUUCUCCCCGGAUACACCGGGCCCGAUCCGCUCAUCCACUGCGACAGCGGAGUGUUACUUCGUGCACGUGGGGGGCGGAUGCUGCUAGGCUGCCGCGCCCGACGCGACAUGAUACGUUUCCCUCACGAUGAAGUGCCAUGAUCCAUUAUACGGAUAUUAAUUGGUCGAUCAGGAACUCAAUAAACACAAAGAAAUCGGAGGCAUGCUUCUGGC